AUGGCCGGGUUUCAACAUCCGCUCCAGCAGCAGUACUAUCAACAAGCACAAGCACAAGCACAAGCCCAAGCCCAAGCCCAAGCCCAAGCACACGCACACGCAUACGCACAAGCCCAAGCACAAGUCCAGCAGCAGCAGCAACAGCAAGCUUCUACACCCCCACUCACAACCCCACCACCACCCAAAGACUCCAAAUACCCCCGCUUCGUCAAUCCCUUCCAGGACGAGAAGCCACAAGGGUCUUACGGUAAGCGCGAGUACGUACCGGGGCAGGAGGCUAUACGAAUUCCUCCUGAGCAUCGGGGUGACGACCCGUGGACUAAUUGGCAUAUGAUGCAGGCAAGAAGACAGUUGCAAGAGAUGAGCAGGAGUUGGUGA